AGAAAAACCUGCGCGGAAAGCUGCGCACUGGUUCUUCGAUGGAGGCGAAUGUUUUGAUGGAGUCCAUGGACUAAUACCAGAUCAGUUUGUUGGUAAAACAACACGCCGUUGAGCCGAUCGGUGCCUUCAAACAAAGCAACUCCCGCCUCACGUGAUGCUACUUCAGAUGCGGUGGGAGUUUUAGACGAAAUCAACUCGCCCGCGGCAGUAACCUCCAUCGGUUGCUACGGUGGCCUAGCUGCUGUUAGCUCCUAGAGCUUCUCAUUUAAUCUGCUCAUCUCGCAUGGUUGAUGUUUAUUAAUUUAACUUGGGUUUAGAUUACCUUCACUGCAACGGUAAAGACAGGUUUCGUUUACCUUUUCGCUGCAGUCGGAUCGUCAGUGUGUGGACGACUUUUUUACGAGCAGGAGCAGCGGCUAUCCAUGUUCACGGGUCUCUGCAGACAUCUCACCUUCAGUAAAACCCGCAAGCAUGUCUUUAGUCGCUUAUGGCAGCAGUGAUGACAGCGACUCGGAGGAAACAUCAACCUCUCCCGCAGCAGAGAGCAGACCGAGGUCAGGAGGGCUCUUCUCCGCGCUCCCUGCUCCGAAGAAAUCAGGAGCCGCGGCGAGCAGGGAGCCGAGAGCAAACCCCUCAGCAGGAAACAGCAGGACGAGCGAUGACUCAGAGCCCCUGCCAUCCAAAGGAGGAUUAUUUUCUAGUCUGCCUAAGCCCAGAAAGCGAACAGAACCUGUGAAGAUCACGGUGCCACAGGUCCAGAGGCAGGAUUCUGACUCUGAUGAUGAUGAACCAGCAAGAAAGAAACUACAACCUCAGGGCGCAGGGUCAGGCUUGUCUUCGCUCCUCCCACAACCCAAAAACUUGACAGUAAAGGAGAAGGACAGACCUCUGAUUCCUCACACGCUCACCAAACGGCCAGAAUCUAAAGGACCCAAACCUGGAACCCCCGCUCAGGGUCUUAUCAGUUCCAGUCCGUCCCCCUCUGCCAUAAAAGCAGCAGCUAAGUCAGCAGCUCUGCAGGUGGCCAGACAAAUAGCGACAGACGACCAGGAUAAUGAGGAGGACAUCACCCCACAGAACUACUUUUCCCUUGGCGAGAGCUCCCAGCCUCUCCUGGCAGCGGUCCCCAGCUUAGACCCUGAGCCGGGAGCCCCCGCUGAGCCCCUGCCCUUGGCGGAUGCUGAUGAGCCAGGGCAGUCAGACGCACCUCUCGACUUCGGGGGGAAUAGCGAGACGGCCGGAGCAUGGGGUGGUCAAUAUCAGCAGUAUCAACAACCUGCAGGCCCAGAGGAUUACCCUGAGGGAUACUAUAAUGAGCCAUAUUAUCAGAACCCGGACCCUGAGCUGGCAGAAGCCGAGGAGCCUGGAAACUCUGCCAUGUUUGAUGAUGAAGCGUUCAUGCGGCUGCAGGGAAAGAGAAACAGGGGCAAAGAAGAAGUGAAGUUUCUGGAGAUUAAAGGAGACGACCAGCUGAGCGGGAACCAGCAGUGGAUGACCAAGAACAUGACGGAGGAGAAGCAGACCCGCCAGUCCUUCAGCAAGAAAAGAGGAGAACAGCCUACAGGACAACAGCGACGCAAACAUCAGAUAACGUAUCUCAUUCACCAGGCGAAGGAACGGGAGCUGGAGCUGAAGAACAACUGGGCUGAAAACAAGAUGACCCGGCGGCAGACCCAGGCCAAGUACGGCUUCUAAACGUCACGGCUGUUGGACUCUGGUGACAGAAAUGGAAAGUCGGCGCGUCGCAGUUUUAGAGUAGAGCUUUCCGGAUCCCCCUCCAACCGAGAGGGAAGCGAUCUGUUUAGGAACAAGUAAACAAACCUCGAAAGGAAACUUUCCUUCUGCCCUUCAUCCUCGUGUUGGUAAUAUGCAGUUGUUCUUCUGCUCCUCACCUGUUUGAUAAGAUGUUCCUCUUCGCCGCUGCAAUCUCUUUUCAAAACAGUAAACAGAGCCACUGAGCCCACACAACACUGUAACAGUAUUUUAAAGUCAGCUGGCUGAGAAGUUGUUUUGGGGGACGGCGGCGGCAUGAUACAUGUUUUCCUUUGAAUGUGUACGCUUUCAGUUCAUGUCAUAUUACAAGGUAAGACUUUUCCCAUUUUUAUAGUUUAAACAUAACCCUGCAGAUGUUCGGUUCUCUGGGAAUCAUGGGAAUUUAAAGGUGCGACGUCCAUAUUUAUACCAUGAUUUAGCAAAAAAAAAAAAAAACAUUCAUUAGUUUAAUCAGUGACUCUAAAUUACCAUUUUGUGCAUGUAUGCUGGGUAAUGGAC